AAGUAAUUUACUCAGUUCAAAUAGUUCAAGUGCCAGCCUAUGAAUUUUAUUCGAAAUAACUACGAUUAUAAUUUUGAGAAAAUGAAUUUAUUAGAACUGGAGGCCACCAGGCUGCUGCGUAGUCCGCGCCACUGCUGUAGUCGUUCGCCCAACAAACGCUUCCUGGCCAUUGCCGUGCUGGUGGUCCUGACGCUGUGCUUCAUGCUGAUCUACCAUGGCUUUGUGGUGGAGAAAAUGGAUCGGGUGCAGCAAAUUGCCGCCCUGAAUGAAAAGCAUCGACAGCCCAUGGAGCCCGUCGAUGACAAUCAGGAUGUUCUGAUCGUCAGCCCACAGACAUUGCACAUGAAGAUUGAAGAUCGGCAGAGCCGCUUGAACAAAUUGCGUUGGAAGUUCCGGUUACAUAAUAGGCGUCGUAUGCCGCGUGACCUGUCCAGCAGGGACCUGCUAGAUCCCCUUCAGGUGGAGGCCAACAUGCAGCAUAUCUACUCGAAGCUGAGGAGCAAGCGGGCCCGGGAGGCCCUCAGUCUGCUGGAGAACGAGUAUGUACGCUGUAAGAAGCAGACGCCGCACGAUUGCAUGUCCGCCUUUGUGCGGAUGUACAACAUGGCCAAGGAAAUCACCGAAAAAAUGGAGAAAAUGAAGGCCAUCAUGCGGGAGCAGCAGCCCCAGCUGGAAUCUGGAAGCAUGGAGUCGGAAGAGCCGCAGGAAACGACUUCUGGGCCCACGAUAAGCGCGGCAAACGUCACCGAGGAGACGUCCACGCAGAAGCAUGUACGAUCCAAAAUAAAGCCAGCAAGAAUCAGCUGGAUCAUCGACGGCCAUGACCACGACGACCAUGCGGUCUAUACGGAUAAUACGCCAAAGUCAUUGACCACCAAAGAGCCAAUAAACACCACCACUUUGCCGCUGGUGGAGACGACGACCCCGCAGGCAACGGUUGAAGUGACCUCUGCCUCAAGUGAGGGACCCUCUGGCCUGAUUGUGGAGACCACAACGGAUCAAAUCAGUUGGAUCUUGGACCGCUUCGACAAGCCCAAGGAGAUUGUGCACACCACAGAGGGGCCCAGGCAGCGUACCACUAGGGAGCUGACUACCACAGCAGCCACAAUGAACUCUGGCCUGGAACCCACCUCGGAGAAAGUUGUCUGGGAGAUUAAUCUGACAACUGAUGCACCCGAAGCCCUGACUACGACCACUGCAGCAGCAUCCCAAAAUGAGACACUGCCACGGAAGCUGCAGUUCGAUUGGAUCAUUGAUGGCGAGGAAGUUGUGGAACCGGAGCCAGGGAUGGGAAACUCUAGCUCCACCACAAGCACCACCCAAGCCACAGUCAGCACCACAGAUGCCAGCGAUAAGCAGAACUUUACGGCGUAUCCAACCAAGCCAAAGCCCGUGAAGUUUAGCUGGAUCAUUGACAGCGAUGUGAUCAGCGCAGAGGCGAGCAGCACGACCAGUAAACCCAAGCUAACGACCACCACGAAGACACCCACCACCAGCAGCAGCAGCAGCAGCACCACCACCACCACCACUGAGACAGGUUCCCGCAUCCCAGUGCAUCCACUGGACAAUCCCAGCAGCGUUGAGAACAUGCUCGAGAGCUUUGAGCGGCACGAACAGGAUAAGCCCAUCCGAAAGGUCCUUCCCAGCAAGGAAUCUUUGGAGGAAACAGGCACAGAUCUGUACGAGCGCCAGCACUGGCUGAAGAAGUUCGAGCAGCAGGCCAUGGAAACGAAGGAUGAGCUGAUAGACACUUUUGGCACGGCGCUGGAUGCUAAAGUGCUGGACAAAAUGGGACCCAAGAUCAAUCCACUCAAUGGCCGCCUAUUGAAUGCGGCAGAUGCACAACUGAUGACCCUUUGCGAGCGCAUGCGGAACAAGGUGGCCGCCAUGGCAGAUGGCGCAGAGACCAAGCAGAAGGGAGAGACUUUCACGGCUUCGCCCAGUGUGCAGUUCACGAGCCGGGCGCCCGGCGGCUUCCCCGUAUCCGGAGAGACGAUGAAGGCCUCGGCGCAGUUCAUGUUCAACCCGAACCUCGGGAUGCCCAGUAUUCCCGUCUGCUUCUACAUGACGCCGGCCAACUUCCGCAUGCCCAUGUGGUCGGCCGCGCCCACAUUUAUGGGCAUGCAGGGAGCCCACUUUGGAGGACCAUCCAACAAUGGCGGAGGAGGCGGAGGAGUGUUCUUUGUGCCGCAGCAGUUCGGACCGAGCGGCAACUUCUUUGGAGGCAGCGGCGGUUCCGGAGCGGGUGGACAGGGCGCCAACAUCUUCUCAAAGAAUGCCUCGCCGCAGAAGCUGUCAAAUGCCCAGCAGCAGGUCUACUGCAGCUACAUGCAGAACCAGUCCGGACAAGGCCAAGGGCAGCAGCAGGGACUCAAUCAGCAGCAGGGAGUCGGCCAGUCGACCUUCUCCAAUGCCAACUUCAAGAUGCGCCACAACGCCAACCAGACGAGCGCCGUCCAACAUCAGGGCCAGAUCAUCUACGCCAGCUAUGCGGGACUCCCACAACAGCCAAUGGAGCGCUCGCAGUGCCCGGAACCGGAUCAGGUGUCCUGCUACGGGGGCCAGGAGUGUAUUCCAGCCUCCCAUUGGUGCGACAAUCGUGUGGACUGCAAGGACGGCAGCGAUGAGUCGGCCUGCACCUGUGGCGACCGACUGGACGAGGAGCGUCUGUGCGACGGCUAUCAGGACUGCCCCAUGGGCGAGGAUGAGCUGGGCUGUUUUGGCUGCGAGCCGCUGGCCUUCUCCUGCUACGAGAAUCUGGAGGAAUAUGCGCGCCACAAUCGCUCCACGAUAUCCAUGUGCUACAGCCGACUGGAACGCUGCGAUGGCUUCCUCAAUUGUCUGAAUGGUCGCGAUGAGCAGCAGUGCAGCAUGCUCGUCACAGAUGUCACACAUCACAUGUCACACGCUGCAUCCGCCUCUGAGGGAUAUCUGUAUCACAAUCAUCGCGGGGAUUGGCAUCCGGUGUGCAACAAUGGCGGAAAGUGGGCAAACGCGGCCUGCGAGCAGGAUGGAAAGAUGGAAGGAGCUGUGCCCGAACUCUUCUUUAAGCCGUUGAUACUCCCAGGUCCCUUUAUUGAGCCAUCGCUGCAUGCGGGAAUCCACUUUGCCCAGGCCUGCCAUGGACGCAACAACGCUGAUUCCCUGGUGGAUCAUGUGGCCUAUGUCCAGUGCCCUCCGAUGCAGUGUGGACUGCCCAAGAAUACGACCAAAACGGAGCACUCGAUGCGCCUGAAGCGAGCAGUGGUCGAGGCGAAGGAAACAGUCGGCGAGGGACGCAUUGUUGGGGGAGGCUACACGAGUGCCCUUCAGUGGCCCUUUGUGGUGGCCAUCUAUCGGGAUGGGAAGUUCCACUGCGGUGGCACCAUCUACUCGGAUCGUUGGAUCAUUAGUGCCGCCCACUGUGUCAUCAAUUAUGCCAAAUACUACUACGAGGUGCGUGCUGGGCUGCUGCGUCGCUCCAGCUACUCCCCUGCCACCCAGAUACAGCCAGUGUCGCAUGUGGUCGUCCAUCAGGCCUACGAGAGGCGGAGCAUGCGCAACGAUCUGUCGCUGCUGCGACUUGCCAAUCCGCUGCACUUCAAUCGCUGGGUGAAGGCCAUCUGUCUGCCCGACCAGGGAAGGACAACCUUUGGCGACGAUUGGAUAUGGGGUCCCGAGGAGCACACGCUCUGCACGGUGGUGGGAUGGGGAGCCAUACGGGAGAAGGGUCCGAGCAGUGAUCCCCUGCGUCAAGUGACUGUGCCCAUACGCAAGCGCUGCACGGAGCCAGAAGAUCAGGCCUCUGAGGGUAUUUGUGCUGGCGAUCCUGACGGUGGACGCGAUGCCUGCCAGGGCGAUUCAGGUGGUCCCCUCUUCUGCCGCAGCGUCACACAGCCGGAGCAGUUCUAUCUCGCGGGAGUUGUGAGCCAUGGCAACGGCUGUGCUCGUCCCCAGGAGUUUGGCGUCUACACGAGAGUGGCACUAUACCUGGACUGGCUUGAGCUGGCGGUGACACCUCGCCUGCUGCCCGCUGCACGCAAACCGCUGCAGCUCUGUCCUGGCUUCAUUUGCGUUUGGGGUGGCAAGCGGUGCAUAGCCAAGCGACAGCGCUGCGAUCGGAAUGUCGACUGUCUGGGCGGUGAGGAUGAAGUGGGUUGUGUCUAUAACUUCAUACCCGAUAUGGUGGGCAGCACACGACAGAAUGUAAGCACCACAACCGAGAGUGAUUAUCAUCCACUGAAGGAGCAUGAAAAGGAUGGCAAACAGCGUCAGGAAAUUGCUAUAGAAGAUGAUGAUUUGCUGGCAGAACAAGACGAGGAUGAAGACUGGCAAAGCACCACUCUCAAAAGUGAAAAUGAAAUUGAUUCCACUCUGUCUGCUGAUGUAACGACCACUCCAUCAAGGGAUAUGUCCACAAGAACGGAGACCACAACUGGACUCUCGACAGAAAUUGAUUCAACGACGACAGCAAAAGCAACUACUGCAUGGAUGACAAUAGAAACGACAACGAUGACACCCACAACAAUUGCUCAAACUACAACGUUGCCUACGUCAACAGAGGAUUUAAGGAAGCUCUCCGAUUUGGUCACAGAAAUCCUGGAGGAGAGCACGACAAUGAUGACCAGCACCUUGUCUGCAGUCACAACAGAUGCUCCUCCUCCUACUACAAACACAACGGAGGGAUCUAAGGAAACCACAACCACAGCAGCCACAACUACAAUUAGCAGUAGUUCUACACCCUCAACAACAACAACAAGGCUUACCACAACAACCCCCACAGCAACCACAAACUUGGCGCCAACUACAAGUGCUCCUCCAAAGACAACGACCACAAAAACGGAGAUUCCCAAUAAAUUCGUGUGCAAAAGAAUGGCUCAGAUUGUGGAGCUACAGAUGCGCUGUGAUCGGAAAGUGGACUGCGAGGAUGGCACGGAUGAGCUGGAGUGCAGCUGUCGGGACUACAUGAAGGGCAGUCUGCGUGCCCUCAUAUGCGAUGGCAAGGCGGAUUGCGAGGAUCUAACCGAUGAACAGGAUUGCGCUGGCUGUCAAGCCAAUGAGUUCCGCUGCCCAUUGUCCAAGACCUGCCUGCCACUGACGAAGCGCUGCGACAACUCAGUGGACUGCCAGUUCAAGGAGGACGAAAACGAUUGCUUUGCCCUGACGAAUGGCCAAGAUGUGCACUUUGAUAUCCAUCAGCAGCCCAAGUUCAGUAGCGCUGGUAUCUUCUCCAGAAACGCCCAUGGCGUGUGGCGUGUUGUAUGCGCCCAUGAGACUGGCUACCAUGAGAACCAGGCCAACACGGCGGAUUCAGUGUGCGCCCUGCUGGGCUUCAAGGGAGCCCACUACUUCAACAGCUCGGAGCUUGUGAGCCAGCGGGAUGUGCAUCCCAUUACACCAGAGCUGACGGGAAAGACUCAGCUGGUUGUGGGGCUCCGUUCAAUGGACAAUGACAACGACCAGCUAUCGGACAACGAGGAGGCAAUGCCUGUACAGGGCUUGCCAUCGCCCUCGAGACCGGAAAAGGACCGCCUGCUGCCCAGCAUGUGUCUGGGCAUCUAUGUGGAGUGUAAUCCCCUCUCCAACCAGACUACGCCCCUGAAGACGCUGAGUGCGGGACAGGCGGUCAAGCAAAAGCCUGCGGAAGAGAUACCUGUACUCCUGCCCACCAUCGAGACAUACAACCAACCCAAUGUCCACUUCAAGCCGCAAGUGCCUGCAACAAUGGUGGUCAAAAAGAAGGACGAAAUCCUCGACCGUUUGGAUAACCUAAUCAAGAGCAAGAAAAACAAGACGCUGCUGGUGAACGAGCAGCUGCACGAAGCCAUCGAGGAGCUGCACUGGCCCUGGCUGGCCGAUGUCUAUGCCAAUGGGGAGCUCUGGUGCCUCGGUGUGCUUAUCGACAAGCACUGGCUGCUGGUCCACGAGAGCUGCCUCUCGGGAAUAAGCCUCGAGACGCACUACAUUAGCGCACUUCUGGGCGGUGGCAAAACCAAGCGGUCCCUCCACAGAAGCAAUCACGAGCAAAUCCGUCGCGUGGACUGCUUUGAGGCAGUGCCCAAGUCCAAUGUGCUGCUGUUUCAUUUGGAGAAACCUGCACGCUUUACCCAUCAUGUGCUGCCCACCUUCCUGCCCCACAGCACUCACCAUAAUGACAGUGCUGUGCGGGAUUGCAUCAGCGUCCUGCACGACGAGAAUACCGGGCGAAUUAAAACGGUUGCCAUCACACAGAUCAUGAAUGACCCAAAGUGUCCAUCGUGCUAUAAGUUGCAGGAGAAGCAGCCGCCUGUGAACCUCAUGCGCUUGCUGAAUGUCAGCGCCGAGGAUAUGGCCUCCAUUUCCGAAGAGGUUGAGCUCAUCAAUGGUGCGACCGCAACAGACCUCCCAGCCCUCACAAAGUUCACCAGUUGUCAUCAGUUUGGCCUGAAAAACCUCAGCGACGCGCACCACAAUCCCAUCGACCAGGGAGUCCUGGUCUGUCGCAACUCGCACACGGGCUGGUUCCCCACGGCUCUGUUCAGCUACAACAACUCCGAUUGCCAGAGCUUCAAACAACCAUUCGGCAUUGGGAUAUUGGAUCGGGCCUACAAAUCACUGCAGGACAUCAUAGAUGAGCCCAACUGCAAAAAUCCACAAUCACCGCCAGAGUGCAUCACUCAUCGCUGUCCGCUGGGUGUUUGCCUGCCCCAAUCGGCGAUUUGCAAUGAAAGAUCCGAUUGUCAUGACGGAAGCGAUGAGGACGAGGCCAAAUGUCGACAGCUGAAGCAGAGAUGUGCGCCGGGAGAGAUGAAGUGCCGCUCCAGUUUCAAGUGUUUGCCAAAGGAGAAGUUUUGUGAUCAUGUGCCGGACUGUCAGGACAUGACAGAUGAGCCGACCAUUUGCAGUUGCUUUACCUAUCUACAAGCCACGGAUCCCUCCAAGAUAUGCGAUGGCAAGCGAAACUGUUGGGACAAAAGCGAUGAGAGUUCUGUGCUGUGCAAUUGCACCUCCGAUCAUUUUCAAUGCAGUUCCUCCCCUGAAGAUUGCAUACCACGCGAUUUUGUGUGCGACAAAGAACCGGACUGCCCCAAUGGCGAGGAUGAGCGGUACUGCUUUGGCAUAGAGCAUCCAUUGCACCAGCGAAAAAAGGAUUUCUGGGCCCACAGCCAAUACAACACAAAGGAGAUUGCCCCGAAGUAUGGCCAAGUGAUUGAGCAAACCUAUGGCAUAUGGCACACCAAGUGCUUCCCAAAGAGCGCGCCGCCCAACAUGGAUGAAGUGCGAGAGAUAUGCAAGAAGCUGGGCUACAAUCCGUACAGGCAGCCCAGCUAUCGGCUGAUCGAUGAUGAGGAGAACAAGGCCGUUCAAACGUAUGAGCUGUUGGACCAGCGAGGACGCAGCUUCAGCAAUGAGUCGCUGGUGGGCCAAUACCGCGACUCCACCAAGGCGGUGAUUGUCAGUAAAUUCUCGCCGCUGCAGCUGAACGAACGGCUGACUUUGUUCCUCAAGUCUAGCAGGCCCAUUGCGGAGCUGGUGCGGUGGAAUGCCACCGACUCGGAUCGCUGCUACAGGCUGGAGAUACGCUGUGCCUGAAGUGUCAGUCCCUAAACUGCCUCUCUGUCAAGUGCCUUUCUCUAAGCUCUCGCGAUAAUCCUUUGUGCGUUUUAGUAGCAAAUAAAUGCGAGAG